AUGCCGGUGGAACCCAACAGCGUUGUGUGGGGAGCUCUCCUUGGAGGGGCCAGAGUGCACAAGAGCAUCGAGAUGGGAGAAGAGGCAAUUCGGCACCUUUCUGUCUUGGACCCCCUUAAUGAUGGAUACUACGUCGUGCUAUCGAACAUCUAUGCCGACGCGGGGCGUUGGGAGGACGUGGCACGGAUGCGGCGCUUGAUGAGGGACCGAGGGGUGAAGAAGUCUCCGGGGUGGAGCACGGUCGCUUUGGAUGGUGCGGUUCAUGAAUUCGUGGCCGGGGAGAGCGAUCACCCUCGAGCGGAGGAGAUUUACAGGAGGUGGGAGGAGUUGCUGGAGAAACUGAGGCAACGAGGGUACGUCCCUGACACCUCGGCAGUGCUGCUUGAUAUGGACGAGGGGGAGAAGGAGCAGGUUUUGUAUCGGCAUAGUGAGAAGCUGGCGGUUGUCCUUGGACUCAUGAGCACGCCACCCGGGACACCCAUUAGGAUCAUGAAGAACCUCCGGGUCUGUAGUGAUUGCCAUGCGGCUCUCAAGUUGAUAUCUGAGAUAGCUGAUAGAGAGAUCGUUGUCCGCGAUCGAAACCGGUUCCAUUGUUUCAGGGGUGGGUCCUGUUCUUGUAGAGAUUACUGGUAG